AUGAUUGAAAGAGCAGCAUUAAUAGUGGGCGCAGCGUCCGGGAUGGGCAGAGCCACGGCUCGCAAACUUGCCAGUCGUGGUAUAUCAGUCACUCUCGCAGAUAUGAACAAAGAUAGAGUAUCCGAUGUUGCGAACGAAAUCGAGUCAACUUUCGGCGUGCGCACUGCGUCUGUUGGAGUGGACAUCACUCGCGAACAAGAGGUCAAGGACAUGGUAGAGCACGCCACUUCUUUGACGGGAUCCCUGGAUUAUGCGGCAAAUUGCGCUGGUAUCUGCGAGAGUAUUUGGAAAGAGGAGAGGAGCAUAUCAACGGAGCUCUUUGACCAGACUUACGCUGUGAAUGCAAGAGGCCUCUGGCUGUGCCAGAAGUAUGAAGCACAAAAGAUGCAAACGCAAGAACCAAAAGCCUUGGAGCUUUCGCCAGCGCCGGCCUCGCCCAUCAAGAAACAACGUGGAUCAAUAGCGAACAUAGCAUCCAUAUCCGGGCUUCACGCGAUCGGCCUAGCGGCUUAUACGCCCAGCAAGUAUGCAGCAGUGGCAAUCACCAAGAACGGGGCAAAAUUCUACGGUCCCGAUGGCAUCCGUUGCAACGCUCUUUGUCCCGGAUGGACACUCACCACCAUGAUCGAGCAUAGCAUGGGGAAAGAAGGCACGCUUGGUACAGAGGAGAACAAAAAUUCUCCUGUCAAUGACAUUGUCGCUCUGGGACGCAUGGGAUUUGCAGAAGAACAGGCGAGCGUGAUGAGUUUUUUGCUCAGCGACGAAAGCAGCUAUCUAAAUGGAGCUCUGAUCGUUAGCGAUGGAGGAUACCAUGAUAUUAGAUAG